UUAUUAAUCAUUCAUUCAUUCAUUCAGAGCGACUCGUGCAAUAAUGGCGGUUGGCAAACAUGUUGGUGAGAUGCUCGCCCAUCUCACGGCUACAUCCAAGUUCGAUCCUAAGAAACUUGAUGUUGUCGGCUUGAGUCUAGGAGGUCAGACCAUGAGUUUCAUAGCCAAGAGUUUUACUCAGUUAACAGGUCAAAAAAUCUCAAGACUAACAGCACUAGAUCCAGCUGGCCCAUGCUUCCGAAACCGUGGUCCUGAAGGUAGACUGGACGAGAGCGAUGCUGAUUUUGUGGACGUUAUCGCUACUAACAUUGAUGGGUAUGGUAUGGCUGCGCCGGUAGGUCAUGUGAAUUUUUAUGUCAAUGGAGGAGAAAUCCAACCUGGUGAUAUCUAUUGGAUUUUAUGUAACACCCUGUGCAGUCAUGCUCGAGUUUAUUUUCUAUGGUUGGCAGCCCUUGAAAAUCCAAAUUCGUUUAUUGCUAUGAAAUGUGACUCCGUACAAGACGCAAGAGACAGAAAAUGUUAUGAUAGAAGGCCUAUGGUCACAAAUGUACUGGGACUAAAUGUAAAUAGAAACGAAACUGGUAUAUUUUAUUUAGCUACGACCAAUGUUUUUCCGUAUCAUAUGGGGACAAGAGGGUUGAAGAAGAAGAAUGACUUUUUUGCAAAACAUUUGGCAGAUAUUAAUGUGAAUGAUAUACUUAAAUUGUAAAAUGUAGUAAAUUAAGUAACAAAUGUAAGAAAGAAGUAUGCAGAGAUCGUGGCAAGUGGAAAGAGGUAGUCUCUGCCUACCCCUCCGGGAAAGAGGCGUGA